UUCGCUUACUCACCCGCACCAAACAUGGCGGGUGAGCCUGCUAUGGAGCUGCUUUUUCUGGAUACUUUCAAACAUCAAAACACCGAGCAGGGCAGUAAUGUGGAUGUAGUCCGAUUUCCCUGUGUUGUUUACAUCAAUGAGGUCCGUGUCAUCCCACCAGGAGUACGAGCACACAGUAACCUGCCAGACAGCAAGGCUUAUGGGGAGACCUCACCUCACACGUUUCAUCUGGACUUAUUCUUUAACAAUGUCACUAAGCCUAGUGCAACAGUGUUUGACAGGCUUGGGAGCUUGGAGUAUGAUGAGAACAAUUCUAUCAUCUUUCGUCCAAAUGCAAAGGUCAAUACAGAUGGGCUUGUGCUGAAGGGCUGGUACAGCUGUCUGACUCUGGCUGUCUAUGGAUCAGUAGACAGAGUGAUUGUUAGUCAUGAAAGAGAGUCACCUCCACCACCCCCACCUCCACCCCCACCACCCCAGCAUCAGCAGAUUGGGCUGAAAAGAAAUCCCAAACAUGUUGAAGAGGAGAAAGAAGAGCAAUUCAAUGGCAGUCCACCAAGACCUCAGCCAAGAGGGCCCAGAACUCCCCCGGGCCCUCCACCACCUGAUGAUGAUGAAGAGGAUGAGCCCAUGCAAGCCUCAGAUGGGAACAAAGAAGACGAUUCUGAGCAAAGAGAAGGAUAUUUUGAACCCAUAUCUCCUGAUCGAGCUUCUAUUCCCGCUGAUGAUAACUAUUCUGAUGACGAAGACGUUGAAGAUGAUCAUCAGGAUGAUGAUGGGGAUGAUGAUGAAGAUGAUGAGGAUGAAGACGACGAGGAAGAUGAAGACCUCAAUGCUGAGGAAGAUGAUGAUGAGGAAGAUAGGAUGACUGGUGACAGCAUUGCCGAUGACGAUGAGGAUGAAGAGGGAGAUGAAGAAGAUAUAGAAGGAGAUGAUGGCUAUGAACAAAUUUCAAGUGAUGAGGAUGGGAUUGCUGACUUUGAGCGUGAGGCAUUUAAGUACCCAAGUUUUGAUAUAGAAUACACACCAGAGGAUUUAGCUACGGUGCCAACAAUGGCCUAUGAUCCCUUUGACAGGGACCUGGGCCCCCUGAUGUACUUCAGCUGCCCUUACAAGACUGCAUAUGAGAAUGAAAUCUCUAAGCUAAAGGACCAGGAUCUUGACAAAGAAACCUCUGGGUCAACAGAAGCAUCUUUAAAGUUAACAGAGCUCCUAGACCUUUACCAAGAUGACAGAGGGGCUAAAUGGGUCACAGCCUUAGAGGAAGUACCCAGUUUAAUAGUGAAAGGCUUAAGUUUUUUGCAGAUUAAGGAACCAGGACGAGAUCAUCUAAGUCAUCUGGUUGACUGGGCCGCUCUAGCUUUGGAUUUGCAGUUGGCUCUCCAGCAACCUAUUGCUCUGAAUGUCAGACAGCUCAAAGCAGGUACAAAACUGGUCUCAUCUCUGGCAGAAUGUGGUACACAAGCAGUAGAAUGUCUUUUGAAAGCAGGUGUUAUUGGAAAGCUGUACAACUUGCUCUUUGCUGAGCAUGUAUCGUCCCCUCUGAAAUUAAAUGCUUUUAAGUCACUGGACAGCCUAAUUAGCACAACUGAAGGCAUGGAAGGAUUUUUAAAAAGCUUCUCUAUUGAUGGAAAAAGUGGCUACCAGAAACUAUUAGAAUUAAUAUUAUUGGAUCAGACUGUAAGAGUGUUCACUGCCUGUACUGCUAUUCUACAGAAAUGCCAUUUCUAUGAAAUCCUUUCUUAUGUAAAACGUUUUGGGGAGCAGUUGACUGAAAACACUCCAGCUCCACCUAAUCAUGGAAAUCCAGAGCAGAAUGCAGGGUCCGAAAGGCCAAGACGCGAAUAUGACAAUGAUGUGGAGAUGACCAUGGAUAUGGACCGUCUUCUAGAGGCUUCUAAUAUAAGUGAAGCAGAAUUGGAGAAGAUGCUUGGCCUGUUAAAUGAGAUCUUUCACCUUCUAGACACUGCACCUUACGCAAUGGUUCAACCUCCUGUGAAGUCCUUUCCAACUCUUGCACGAAUUACUGGACCUCCUGAAAGAGAUGAUCCAUACCCAGUGUUAUUCCGGUAUCUCCACAAUCACCAAUUCCUGGAAUCUGCCACUCUGCUCCUCUCUCUACCUGUGACCAGUUCUUACCCUGGGGUGGUGCUCGCCGUCCGAGAAAUUCUACGAUUUUUGGCACAGUCACAGAAGGGCCUGCUUUUUCUUUUGUUCGAGAAUGAAGCAACAAACCUUAUUGCCAGAGCACUAUGUCAAGCAUCUGAGCAGGACCAGGAGGAAAAUCUGCAAUCUGAUGGGAACAAUGACGACUCCUGUGCUUUGUGGCUCAUGCAUGCAACCCAGGCCCUGCAGUACAUAUCUGAGCUCUUCCAUCAUUUCCAGCACUGCUCAGCCAAUGAGGAAACAGACCAAGCAAAUUUACUGGGGAUCCUGAACAACCUUUACCUCAUUACUUUCAACCCCGUAGGACGGUCAGCAGUUGCUCAUGUCUUUAGCCUGGACAAUAACAUCCAAUGCCUCAUAACCUUGAUGGAGUUUUGCUCUAAAGAAGGACUUGGAGACACAAAGUCAAAGAAAUCUGUUGCCUACAAUUAUGCGUGUCUACUGGUACUACUGGUGGUGCAAACCUCAAACGAUGUGCAAGCAAUGGAGGCCCAUGCAGCUCCUCUACAGAAACUCUGCAAGGCGGACGAGAGCAAUGCCAAGCUGCAAGAACUAGCCAAAUGGUUGGAACCAUUAAAAAGUUUUCGGUUUGAGAUAAAUUGCAUCCCUGGCCUGGUUGAUUAUAUUAAACAGAAUCUGGACAACUUGAUGGCACCGGAAGGUGUAGGACUUCUGACUGCUUUAAGAAUCCUUUGUCAUGUUGCUUGCCCCCCAUCUUCUGUAGGAGGUCAACAGAAAGAUUUAAAAUGGAACCUUGCCGUCAUUCAACUUUUUUCUGCAGAAGGCCUGGACACUUUUAUACGUAUUUUGCAAAAAAUGAACGGUAUUCUCAUCCAGCCAUGGAGGCUUCAUGUUAAUUUGGGAACCACACUAUACAGAGCUAUCACCAUAUCUGUGGCUCGCUGCACCCUCUCCUUGCUCAAGACUAUGUUAACUGAACUCAUGCGAGGUGGCUCAUUUGAGUUUAAAGACAUGAGAGUCCCGUCAACGUUGGUCACUUUGCACAUGCUUCUGUGCUCUAUCCCCCUUUCAGGAAGACUGGAUGGGGAGGAACAAAGAAUCCAAAAUGAUAUCAUAGACAUCUUAUUGACAUUUACUCAAGGUGUUAAUGAGCAGCUCACCAUGUCUGAAGAGACACUUGCCAAUAAUACAUGGUCACUGAUGCUCAAAGAAGUCCUCAUCUCCAUCUUAAAAGUCCCUGAAGGGGUUUUCAGUGGACUUAUCAUAUUAUCUGAGCUCCUACCUUUACCUCUUCCUAUGCAGACUACUCAGCCGAUUGUUUCUCAGGAUGUGGCUGUAGCUCUAAAUACCAGAAAGUUGUGGAGCAUACACCUGCAUGUGCAUUCCAAGCUGCUGCAAGAUAUUGUGAGGGCCCUCUCUGGGACUUCUUGUCAGCCUCUACAGCACAUGCUUAGACGGAUCUGUAUCCAGCUUUGUGAUCUGGCUUCACCCACUUCUCUGCUCAUCAUGCGCACAGUGCUGGACCUCAUCGUAGAGGAACUGCAGAGUGGUCCAGAAGAAAAGAAGCCGUACACAGGCCAGACUGCACGACUGCUUGCACUUCUCGACUCGCUGGUGGCCCACAGAGCAUGUAAAGUUGCUAUAUUACACCUUAUAAAUGGAGGGAAAGGUGAUGAGCGUUACGCUGAGGUUUUCCAGGAGCUACUGACUAUUCUGAAAUCUGCGGGUGACAACGUCAUUCACCAACAGUGUGGCGAAUACAUUGCAUCAAUUGUGCAGUACCUCUGUGACCAGGACAUAGCUCUGAUUUUACCAGUCUCUGGGGAAGGACCAGUUUCAGAGUCUGAUCAGAUAGCUAAUUCAUUACCCAGUAAAGACCAUCUCCUUUCCAUCUGUGAUAGCUUGAUGGAGACACUGGCCAAUAAGGACAGCAGCUAUGCUUCUCUGCUCACCUGCAUCAGGACAUUAAUGUUCCUUGCAGAACAUGAUUAUGGAUUCUAUAAUUUAAAAAGCUCACUAAGGAAGCACAGCCAUGCCCUGUAUUCACUUUUAAAGCGUAUCGUUUCUGGUCUUGGAAAAGAGACUGGGGAGUUGGCCUCAUCUUACUUGGACUUUUUAAGACAGAUCCUAAAUUCUGAAACUAUGGUCUGUGGGGAAGAAGGAUCAGCCAUGGAGGUUGAUGGAUCUCAUACUUCAAAAACAAUGGGGCUCAGCUCAGCAGAGAUGAAGCACUUGCUGAUGAGCAAAGAAGAAACUGCAGAAAAUCUACUUUUGGAUUUGGAGAAACAUGCAGUGGAGCAAUCAAAAGAAGAUGACAGUAUGGAGUCCUUAUUGGACAAUGUGGCCAGUCUGAAACAAAUACUAGAAGCAGUAAAAGAGCCUGUUCCCCUGAGUGAUCAGGAUGUGGAACCUGUCCUAUCUGCAACAGACUCUCUACAGAUUCUGUUUAACAACAGGACCGUAUACGUUCUAGCAGAUGUAAUGGACGAGCAGCUGAAAUCUUUAUCUUUCACUCCAUUCCAACCUGAAGAAACAGAUGCAGACCUAGAUACGGCGAAAGUUGAUUUAAUUGAGCUUUCUUCAAAAUGCUGCAGUGACUAUGACUUAAAAGAAGAGCUGGAAAGAUCAUUUUUGUUAGAACCUUCAUCACCUGGUCGCACAAAAGCCUCAAAGGGAUUCAAAUUGGGAAAACACAAGCAUGAGACAUUUAUCACAAGUGGAAAAUCAGAAUACAUUGAGCCAGCAAAAAGAGCCCAUUUUGUUCCACAACCACGAGGAAGGGGCAGAGGUGGCUUUGGACAGGGAAUGCGUCCACAUGAUCUGUUCCGUCAGAGGAAGCAAAACACAAGUCGCCCACCCUCAAUGCAUGUGGAUGAUUUUGUGGCUGCUGAACGUAAAGAAGUGGUUCCCCCUGUUGGAAUCCCUCCUCCCAAGAGGCCACCAAAGGUUUCUCAGAAGAUUUCAUCCCGUGGUGGAUUUCCUGGAAACAGAGGUGGAAGAGGAGCAUUUCACAACCAGAGCAGAUUUUUUAGUCCACCUGCUCCGAAAGUCAAUUACAGCCGUCGGGAAGGAGCUCGAAUACUUAACUGGAAUGCACAGACAGCACAACGAGGGGCUUAUCCAGAGAGCAGAGGGGCUCAAAGCAACUUUGACAGAGGCCCCCUACCCCCUAUGAGGCAGAGUUCUGCAGGAUACCGUCCAAAUCCACGCGACCGGGCUGCAAGAGGUCGUGGUGGCAUCGGACCAUCUUGGGCAAAUGCCGCAGGAAGUGGAAAUAAUUCUCGUGGGAAAUUUCUUGUUGGCAACGGCGGCAGAGGACGGCAUGUGCGGUCAUUCACACGAUAGAACAAAAUCCUUGACAUUGUGUGGCAUUAAUGCUUGAAACUAUUAAAAACUAGUUUAUAAAUAUUUGAAUGACCAAUACAAUGAAGUACUAAGACUUAAAUAACCUUGAAAUUUGAAGAAAGCAUAUGUAUUUUCAUAAAAUCUCAGAUUCAAAAUGUAAAAACUUUAUUUUUUUUAUGUACAGUGAAGUAAACAUUUGUGUGUUGUCUUUUUUUUUUUUCCUUUUCACCCUUUUUUAAAUAAAAUACAAAAGAAUGAACCACCAAAUUUAAUACUUUAUGUGCACUUUCAGAGACAUGUGGGUUUCUAAUAGUGCCAGGCUUACUUUUUUAAUGGUAUAUGGAAAAUUAACGCUUUUAUAUAUUAAUGCUUUUCUUUCAACUGCAUAUUUUACAGCCUAAAGAUGUAUAUUGAGUUUUGUACUUUUAUUUUUACUGUAUUGGUAGUUACUUAUUUAAGAAGGAAACAUUCUAAAUAUAAAUACAAUUUUCAUAAUGGAAA